AAAAGUCAAGAAAGUAGGAAGAGGCUUAGGAACGGGAGGAGCGGCGCAGAGUCAGCGGGGCAGGGGCGGCGGCGGAGGGAGCAGUAGAUUUGGGGUUGAGCUCUUCAUUCCGGGGCACGGAAAUUUAAAGUCGCUCGGCGGCCAGGGAGUGAAGGAGGAGGCACAUUCUUUCCUAGAGGUGCGGUGCUCCAGGGUUUGGCAUGCCAAGCCAACUCCUGAGAGCCGGAAAUGGGCGGGCCGUCGGUGGCGUGGAGAGGGCAGCAGUGGUCGUGACAGCUACCGGCCGGUCUAAGGAUCGGGCUUGAGUUUUAAACCGGGAGGGUGUCUAGCGGGACCCGUGGUCCCAAAGAAGAGAGACAAUGUGAAGCGCAGCUGUCCCCGACACCCCGAGAACCGAGGGACAGCGUAGGGCCAGGGCCGCCAGUAAUUGCCGGGCGCCAUUCGGUGACGCGGCCGCCAUGCGAUGACGCGCUGACCCGCCGUGGCCUCCACGUCGCAGGUUCCGCAAAGACCUGUGGGAGCGACCCGGGAGGAGGGCCAAGAUGGCGGAAGCGGAGGAGUCUCCAGGAGACCCGGGGACAGCAUCGCCCAGGCCCCUGUUUGCAGGCCUUUCAGAUAUAACCAUCUCACAAGACAUUCCAGUAGAAGGAGAAAUCACCAUUCCUAUAAGAUCUCGCAUCCGGGAAUUUGACAGCUCCACAUUAAACGAAUCUGUUCACAAUACCAUUAUGCGUGAUCUAAAAGCUGUUGGGAAAAAAUUCAUGCAUGUUUUGUACCCAAGGAAAAGUAAUACUCUUUUGAGAGAUUGGGAUUUGUGGGGCCCUUUGAUCCUUUGUGUGACACUCGCAUUAAUGCUGCAAAGAGACCCUGCAGAUAGUGAAAAAGAUGGAGGGCCCCAUUUUGCAGAGGUGUUUGUCAUAGUCUGGUUUGGUGCAGUUACCAUCACCCUCAACUCAAAACUUCUUGGAGGGAACAUAUCUUUUUUUCAGAGCCUCUGUGUGUUGGGUUACUGUAUACUUCCCUUGACAGUAGCAAUGCUGAUUUGCCGGCUGGUACUUUUGGCUGGACCAGGACCUGUAAACUUCAUGGUUCGGCUUUUUGUGGUGAUUGUGAUGUUUGCCUGGUCUAUAGUUGCCUCCACAGCUUUCCUUGCUGAUAGCCAGCCUCCAAACCGCAGAGCCCUAGCUGUUUAUCCUGUUUUCCUGUUUUACUUUGUCAUCAGUUGGAUGAUUCUCACCUUUACUCCUCAGUAAAUCAAGAAUGGAAAAUUAAAAACCAGUGAAUUGAAAGCACAUCUGAAAGAUGCAAUUCACCAUGGAACUUUGUCUCUGACCCUCUUUUGUCUAAUUCUGGAGGUAUUUGGUAACUGGGUAGGUGAGGAGAUUGAAAGGGAGCCGUAUAGCACUGUCACCACUUUUGUGAGGAACUGAUGUUUGAAAGGCUAUUCUUUUCUCUCUUAAUGUCAUUUCUUUAAAACUACAUGUGCAUACUACACACAGUAUGCAAUGCCACCUUAAGGCAUGAUGGAGUCACCAUGGUCCAUUUGGGUGACAAUCAGUGACUUGGGAAGCACAUGGAUAUGACUUACAAGUUGAAUAGAGUUGGUAAAUAUUUUUAGUUUUGAGAAUACUGGUUCUGGUGCAGCUCUUAAACACAUUGCCUUAUGACUAUUAGAAUAUGCCUCUCUUUUCACAAAUAAAAAUGGAUGGUCUAUAUCCAUUUUCUUUUAUUUCUCUCUCUUAAGCUUAAAAAGGCAAUGAGAGAGGUUAGGAGGGGGUUCAUACAUGGAGAAUGAGAAAACAUGCAUUAACCAAUAUUCAGAAUUUGAUCAGAGGAAAUUCUACACUUGUUGCUUUAAAAAAAAAAAAAAAAAAAAAAGAGCAAAGGGCCUCCAAAGAAUCAGCCUCUUUGGUCCCUGUGUAUAGUCACCUUUCUGCCAUGUUUAACAGCAUCUUGGUUGGCACUCUAGUUUUAAUCUUGCUCUUUAGCUUUGAAUAUUCAGUCUAAAAUAUUAGUAGUCAACAUGUGAUUUUUCUUGACUGAAAUUGACAAUGUUCCAGUGCUAGAGCUUAUCCAAAAAGAAGACCUAAGGAAGCUUAGAUUGGUAGAUCUCUAGUCCAUAUUAUCAUGUGGGCACCUUCUCUUAGGGUGGAAUGAGGCAGUUUAGAUGCAGCAUAGUUAAAAGGAGCUCUUUAUUAUUUUCUGUAGUCUGGCCUCUUAACUAGAAAGUAAAGCUAAAUCAGAAGCUUGCAUUUAACCAUGUGAACAGGGAGGGAUUUAGUGUUCCAAUGGCUGAUUAAUAGAACAGCUAGAUGCUUAGAGCAUGACGUGAGAUGGGAUGAGUGUACAGCUGCUGCCUUUUCAUAGUGGGCUUAGCAGUUUUUCCAUUAGAUGUGUUUUUUGGGUUGGGAAAUAGCAGUUUAUUUUCUUGGUUUUAGACUUUGUCAAGCUAAUUAGCUCCCCUUUAGACAAGUACAUUUUGCACAUGUGCACCUACGUGUACUCUCAGAUAUUUAUGCACACAAGUGUGAAGGUUUUUCAGGGAGCAGAGCAUCUGGGACAGGUUGGUUCUGAGCUAAACAGGGCUCCUUUAAAGCAGUAUGAACUGUUGCCUUCUAUAAAUUGCACAUCUAACAGACAAAGAUUAGGUGUCAGGCAGAAAACACUCAUUGUAAAUAUACUAUUAGUUGAUAAACAUAGGACUUUCUUAUUCCACAUUUUUUGUUUAUCAUAGAAUUUAAAUAUUUAUUCCUUUUUUAUUUAAAGACUACCUACACGUAGAUAUAUGAUUCCAAACUCAUAUUUUCUCCAUCCCCACAUAAGCCAAGUGAAUACUGGGCCAAAUGGGUUCUUGGAAUGGUAAUUACAAAACAUUACAAAGUGGGUCCCCUUGAUUCCCACCUUGUCCAGAAUUUUUUGUUACAUAUUUCUAUUUAUUACAAUUUACCUUUUAAAUUGUAAAAUAAACCUUUGUGUACACAGAGACAAUGUUUCAACUUUGAAUUAGUAAAGAAAAUACUUUGGAACUGAUCCUCAUUUUGAAAUUGGUUCUAAUGAUCCCUUUCCAAUGUCUGAAAUUCUUACUUCCCACUAAAGCUCUCUCUCCGCCGAAGUUGUUUCAUAAUCUGUCUCAAUGAAUAUAAUGUAAAAUUAAAGAAGUAGCCAUGCUUCUCAAAGGGAAUUAAGUCUUUAUUGAAUUUUACUUAGGCUAAUUGUUUGGUCAGAAAUUCUAAGGCCACAGCUUUGGGGAGGUUGUGUAGGUGUACACUGUGGGUGGUUUACACAUAUUGGGACUUAACGGCAGCUUGUUCUGUGUUUUUAUCUUUGCUCUUGGGUGACUUAGGGAAUGAUUUUAUUUUAUUGAUUUGAUUUAACCCUUUUUCUGUUUUCCUCGAAAAUACUCACCAGCGGCAUGUGUGGCUGUAGCAUUUACCCCAAGAUAACUUUGCCAUGAAAUAUUUCAUAUUGUUCUAGUAUAUUGACUUUGGAAACAAAAGACAUCGUUCUAUUUAUAGCAUUCUUUUUUUAGUAGCGGUAUUUCCAGCUAUAAAAUAUAGUCAUUCUUGACCUCUGAAAAUGUCAAAUCCUAGAAAACGUAGCAUGCCUACGCAUGACGUUAACAUCAUUUUCGAAAAGUUGUUGGCUGAAGAUUCAUUUGAUGAAUCCAUUUUUUUUGAAACAGACAGUUCUGAUGUUCUAUUUAGAAAUAACUCAGUUUUUGUAUUUUUUCACAUUGAAAGUCGGUUAGAUUUGCUUCAGCCUCAAAGAGUAUGUUUAUGUAAAUUAGCACUGGCAGUUUUUUAUCUCUGUUUUUGUUUUCUAAAUGGGAAGAGGGUUAAAUGAAGGUUGAUAAAAUGUUUGUCUUUCUGAAAAUGAGUGGCUUGAAGGGAUGAAUAAAUAUUUUCUUAGCGUAGGCAAAAAAGUGCACGGCUUUCUGUGAUGGAAGUUAAAACCUGAAUGUCUGGAAGUUGUAACCAUCAACGUAGCUUUUCCUGAUUUGCUGCAAAGGCACAUAGCUGAUUAUAGAAGUAAAGACAGCAAGGACAGGGGACUCCAACAAAGGAAACCCGGUUGCAGGAAUUGGGGACUUCAUGCUUCAGAUGAAAUUCAGGCAUGCGAGCAUCACUGCAGAAUGUGGCGCAUCACUGCCAUCAUGAGUAAUCACUUGCUGCUCCUACGUCUGAGACCAAGUCUCUGUUGUCAUAUUCUUUAGCAAUAGAAAGGGUAAAGACUGGAUUUAAUGCUGUUUAGAGUACAAAAACUCAAUUGAUGCCAACAUAGUUGAAUGUGCAGUAUAGUCUUAAAAGUCAACCAUUAAUCAUUAAGUCUUUUGCCUCUGAAGAAGUUUAUUACAUUAGUUGAUUUUGAUCUUUUCAUUGUGGUGGGGUUUUCCUGUUGUUGGGCAAGGUGGGGUCACAGGACAUGAGACUGGUAAGCAUUUUAUUGUUUACUAUAUUUGUCUUUUUAUAAACGGUAUCUCCCAAAAUGUCACUAGAAGGCUAGCAAGCCUGUAUUUGGACACUUAAUUGUAUACUUUAUAUAAUAUAACUACUAACUGUAUUUGGACUUCCUGUUUAUUCCUGGAGGCAAAAAUGAAAAUCUCUCCAUUCAAGUUCUUGGGUAACAUCAGGUCAUUAGAAUUUAUCUAAAGCUUAUCGUGAUUUGAUAAGACAGCCAUUGCAUGCAGCUGUUUUAGCUCAGUGCACAACACUGAAAUUGUGAUCCUUAGACUGUUAGUUUCUGAGAAAUUUGAUGGAAAUAAAUGUAUAAAUGUUAAUUCAUUUAUAUAAAUUAGAAACACUUUUUUAGAUUCUGUAGGCUUUUAUUAAAAAUAGAGAAUUUCUUGGGAUUUACUCAGACCAUAGAAUGGCCAAAUAAUGACAAUGAUAUUACUAAUAUUAAUAGCUAACCUUUAUUUGGCACUUACUGUGUGUCAGGCACUAUUCUAUUUUUUAAAAAAAUAUUUGAAGUAACAACUUUAUUGAAAUACGCUUUACCAUGAAAUUCACCUUUUAUUUUUUUAUUUUUAAUUUAAUUUUUUCUUUGAGACAAGGACUCACUCUGUCACCCAAGGUGGAGUGCCAGUGGUGCAAUCAUGGCACACUGUAGCCUCAACCUCCCUGGGCUUAAGCAAAGCGAUCCUCCCACCUCAGAAUCCUGAGUAGUUAGGACUACAGGCAUGCGUCACGACACCUAAUUGGCUAAUUUUUGUAGUUUUUGUAGAGACAGGGUUUCGCCAUGUUGCCCAGACUGGUCUUGAAUUCCUGGGCUCAAGCAAUCCGCCUGCUUUGGCCUCCCAAAACACGGGUAAUACAGGUGUGAGCCACCAUGCCUGGCUGAAAUUCACCUUUUAAGAUGUACACUUCAGUGGUUUUUAGUAUAUUCACAUACAAAGUUGGGCAGCUAUCACUACCAUCCAAUUUUAGAUCAUUUUGUCACUUCCCCAAGAAACCCCAGGUCCGUUGGCAGUCAGUUCCAUUCCCCUUCAUCCCAGCCCCUGGCAACCACCAGUCUGCUUUCUGUCUCUAUUGAUUUGGCCAGACACUAUUCUUCCAUGCUUCUCAUGCAUCUCCUCUAAUUCCAAUGCUACAAUUCUCGUUUUAUGUGGAAAACUGUGGCACUGAGAGGUUAAGUAAAUUGUCCAGGGUCACACGGUAAUUUGAUUUACAACAGUAAUAACGCAUUAGAUGAGAACAUGGACACAAUUUUGAAUUCCAUUGUUAUGUACCUAAAAUGAAUACAUCCCUUCCCCAAGGUAUUUUCCAUAUUGUUAGUCUUUGCACCCUAGAACUAACCGGAUAUAGAUACCAUUUGUUUUCGGAGUAAUGGAACACUGUAUCAGCAGCAUUUGAGAACAUAAGAACAGUUAGACAUUGGAAAGAGUUAGGUUUCUUGCCCUUAUCCCUCCUUGAACCUCUUUUUUCCCCCCUUCCACCACCACCACGCACAUAAAACCCUUUUUCUCAAUCUUAAGAAUCAAACAACUUCUGCUUCUUUGUUUUUAAUUCUCCCAGAGGGAUGGUUCAUGCAUCACAAUUUUAACUUGUCUAUUUAGGUAUUAAUAGUCAAGGGAUGCAUCUGGUUGCUUAUCAUGCCAGUUAUAUUCCUACGACCUUAGAGAGUGGUAGUUUGAGAAUAGAAUGUCUUUCUAUUUGGGUUAAACUAGGUGGGAGGAAGAAGUAACAGAGUAAAGGCUUUGCCUUAAUGAAGUCAAGUGUUCUGCCUGAUGGAAAGUGGCCACACCACUGCUCUUGUUUACUCUGUUCUUUCGAAGCCUUUGUACUUUGCCAUCACUGCUGGUAAUUUCUUGGUCCGUUUCGAUACUCCAUUUUAAUUUUGAUUUUUUCUAUAAAUAAUAAACCUGUGAAAAGAAAUCUGUAAAAAGAUUUGUGACUAUUAAAUGUGCAAAUAAAAACACUGGAAAAAGAA